AUGGAGGAAUGUGAAAAUAUAACAUACCGUACCCAAUACCGAAGAAAUUCAUUAACCGAUGUAGACUCAGAUAAUUCGGCACUUUUUGAUACAACUAUUUCAAGUUUGCCUAACACUACGCUAAAUCCUGGUCAAACCAUACUUGAAUUGAACGAAAAUAUUACAAAAUUGUCUGACAAUUUACAAAUAGCACACCAUGAGAUUGAAAAUCUGAAUAGCGAGAAUUUUCGUCUGAAAUCAGAUUUACAGAAAUAUUUGAAGAUCGUAGAAACCUACAAAAGCUUAAAUCUUACAGAGAAUAAAAGAUUUACACCGCGAUCUGGACGAAAAUGCAAACAAACCCGAAAUACCGCUGUAACACCUGUAACAAAAAGCAUACAGGAAAUGGCGCCUUCAGCACGAAUUAUGUAUAAUGAAGCGACAGCAGCAGCCGAAAAUACACCUGAGGUCCAAAGGAUUCCAGAACCAGUAAACGAAGAUUGUUCGACACAGAAUCCGAAGACACAGCCAAACAUCUAA